AUGGUUUUAAAUUUGAGAAACCCUAGAAGUUCUAACGCGACGUUAUCUUCCCUGCUGAAGAAUAUAUCGAGGGAUGAAAUAGAACCGAGAAAAAUAUCCAAGCAACAUUCCAAGAUUCUCGAAAAUUCUAGAAGCCUUUCGAAGAAAGAAAAGGUUUCAUUCUCAGCUUCGAGUUCCUCUUCCUCUUUAUCGGGCCAGGAUACGGGAGACAUACUCAAAAACCAAAUUUCCUUUUCUUCUUCCGAGUCCAAUUCUUCCCCCAGGAUUAGCAAAGCUAGCGAUGAUAGCCAAGACAUUUCCGAAGGCUCAAAUUCUUCUGCUAAAAGAGAUGCCAAGAAACGGCGGGAUAGCGUGAAAGAUUUCGCGGAUAAAAAUAAGAAUCAUGAAGAAGAUAAAAUUAAAAGUCUGGAUAUUGGUAAAAAGUCUAAAGAGCAAUCCUUCAGCAGUGAUGAUGGCGAAAACUCUGUAAUAGCAGAAAAAACGAGCGAUAUAAAUGCCCCUUCCGGGCGUCUCACAAAUAAAAGGGUUAGUUAUUCGGCGGAAACGAGCAAAUACAAACCGGAAAAUUUAAAAAUGAAAAGCGGAAAUGAGAGCGAAAGUUUAGAAGAGCGGAGUUCGAAGGGUUCGGGUCUCACCACAGCCAAUCACGUGUAUAAUGAUCGAACGUUAACGGGUAAAAAGGAUUAUCAGAGAUACGAUGGCAAAAUGAGUGACCAGAAGAUGGUCGAAAGUAUCGAUUUUAGCGACGAUUCCAUUAGCGGAUAUGGUUCUAAUCCAAAGGCUACCCGUAGAGGCUUAGGUGACACCAAAUAUUUGGAGUCUCCUAGCCGUAAGAAUAGUGUCAAUACCAUGGCUAUAAUUGAUAACUCGUUUUCCAAGCCCGACAGAAAAAGUUCUUUGAAAAUAGAUUCUUCGAACAAAUCGAGAUCUGUAACUACGGAGGAUUCUAAGGAUUCCAAGGGCGGAAGAAGAGAUUUACCUGGGAUCAAAAACAAAGUUACGAUCAUGGAAACCAUUCAUGAUCACGAGAAAAAUCGACUGCCAACCCCUAAUUUAUCAAGCAUUCAAAAAGGAAAUAGCGUCAAGUCGCAAAUAGAUAAUAAUAAACUAAGCGACUCCCAAAUGAACGUCAUAGUCGAAAAGCACCCUAUUUACAGGGCCAAAAGCGUGAACGUAGCCGACAUCAACAAAGGAAGCUACAAAGAUUCUUCCGAUCUGGAUAAAUACGUGAAUGGGAUGGUUACCGAGGAAUAUUCAUCCACGAAAAACGAGAUGAAGAUGUUGAGAGAAGAAUUCAUGUCUUUUAAAAAUGAAACUAGAGAUAGCAUCCGGCAACUGAGUCACGUGAUGGAUAAAUUUUCUUCUAUCGAACCAAAGACUAGGGAUUCACUCUCAACUGAUCGCUUUGGAAGGAAGGCAUCAAACCAAACUCAAACUGACGCCUUGAUCCAGAGAAUCGAAAAUCUUGAGAAAAUUUGUUACGAGCUAACCCGAACUAUAAAAGACAACAAUAAAUAUGGGAGCCCAAAGGAUUUUAACGAUUCGGGACUCGUGGACGAACGUACCGACAAAACUUUGGGAAGUAACCGAAGCCUGACACAGUACGACGAGGGUUUCGACGAAGGACUCAGAGAACACCGUGCAACAGAUGGAUUGAAUUAUAAAUACACUUCAAGCCGAGACAGAUCACCCUCAUAUCUACAGGACAUGUCAAACAUCGAUCUCGAUUUCCAGAACAAUAUGUGCGAGAAGGAAAAUAGGAACGAUUUCCUGGACGAUAAUUCCUUACUGCUUUUAUAUUCCCCAGAAUUUAUAUACGAUCCAAUCAUGGACGGAAUAUCCCAAAAGAUCAAAUCCAUUCAAAACAGAUUUCAUAAAGAAGCUCUCAUGCUGAGUCAAACUUUAAAAGACAGUUUGAACAGGGACAGCGACAAACUAACCAGAUUACGUUACAUGGAAACUUUCGAUAAAGCUGACAAGUUUGCAUCGUUCGAUCUCGACUCAAUGUUGGAUUCUCAAUCGGAAUCUUCAUCAAUAGAAUAUUAUUACCCAAAAAUUCGGCGCGAAAAGGCGGGAAGCGGUAACUGCUCGGAGAGAAAAAAGCGCGGGAACGAAUAUUCAAAAUUUUGUCCCCAAUUACACCUUGGACCGAAGAAUGAACUAAUCAUCCAAAAUAGUGAAAUUAUCUAAAAAAAAUUUAAAAAAUCCUCAAUUUU